CGACAAUAUUAUAGUAUACAUCUAUAUAUUUAUGCUAUACGCGGUGGAGGAUCAUCAUCAGCUAUAAAUCUGCCAACUCCGACGGCCGUACAAAAAAGUACCAUUCCCUUCCCACCCCGCAGAGUUUCGACUUGUAAUAAUAAUAGGUACAAAUAAGCGUACUUUAUCAUACAAUAUGUAACAAUACUGCUGCAAUAUAAUACUAUUGUCUAUAUACACUUAACUUCGGUAAAAUCGAAUCUGUACAUAUCCGGUAAUUUUUGCAAUUUUUCGGUUAUCACCAGUUAUUAUAUAUAAGGUUGAAGUUUUAUUUAUAUUUAUAUAAGACGCGUGUAUCUGCAGUAGUGCAGUGUAUUUGGGUUCGAUAGUAAAUACUAUACAUUUAGUAGCUUACGCGAUUUUGCGGGUUUUUUGAAACUGUGUUGUGGAAGCGUGGAUUUACUGUUAUUGUUAAAACACAAUUUUUAUAUUUAAAUAUGUCAAAACGUAAAUUAAAAAUCUUAACGAUUGCGGAAAAAGUCAACGUCAUUAAUAUGGUCGAACAGAGCGGGAAAAAAAAUUAUGAAGUAGCUAACGCAUUUGGCAUACCGAGCUCUACGUUAUCGACUAUUUUAAAAAAUAAAACGAAAAUUUUGACAAAUUUCAAAUUACAACCAAGUCGGAAGAAAAUUAAGCUAUCUGAGUUUCCGAAUCUGGAUUCUAGUUUAUUCAAAUGGUAUGUCCAGUGUAAGGAUAGUAACUUACCCGUAAGUGGACCUAUAUUAAAAGAAAAGGCUAACAUACUUGCAAAGUCACUGGGUUACACGAAUUUCAAAAAUAGCACUGGAUGGCUGGAUAAAUGGAAAAAACGAAACAACAUUACUUUACGAAAACCUCGCAGUGGAAAUUUGUCUAAUUUGUCUGUCAGUAAAGAUCAACAUUGUAUUCAAUGGAAAAAUGAUAUUUUAACUAUAAUCAACGAAUAUUCACCUAACGACAUUUUCAAUGCAGACGAAACGGGAAUUUUUUAUAGAUGUCUACCGGACAGUACUCAGCAGCUAUCUUAUGGAAAAGACGAUUGUCGCGAUGGCAAACGAAGUAAAGAACGCGUUACGGUUCUUUUGUGUACGAAUAUGAGUGGUACCGAAAAAAUCAAACCUUUGCUUAUCGGAAAGCCUACUAAACCAAGAUGCUUCAGAGGAAUUAAAUCUUUACCAAUAGACUACGAAUCAAACCCAAAAGCAUGGAUGACGGCUUUUUUGUGGAAUAAAUGGCUUAAACAAUUUGAUGAAAAGCUGUUCAUGGAAAAUCGUAAGAUUAUAUUAUUCAUUGAUAACUGCACUGCUCACGUCAUCGUCCCAAAUUUAAAAGCGAUUACUAUCAAGUUUUUUCCAACCGACAGCACCUCAAAACUCCAACCACUCGACCACGGCAUAAUCCAAAACUUCAAGGUUUUUUAUAGAAAAGAGGUGAUACGUAAAAUAACUUCGCAUAUUGAACUUCAACGCACUAUUUCAAUUGAUUUGUUACAAGCUGUAAGAAUAACUGACAAAUCAUGGAGACAAGUUACGUCGGAAAUAAUAUUAAACAGUUUCAAAAAAGCGGGAUUUCGACACCCUGGUACACUUGUUCAAACAAUUUCCUCCUACCAAGAACCCUAUCAAGAAAAACAUAACCCUGAAUGGUCGUAUAUUAAACAAAAGUACAAUUUAAUGCCAGAAUUUACAUUUAACAGUUAUGUCAAAAUUGACGAUAACCUAACAGUGUGUAGCAAUUUAAAUGAUUCUGAAAUAAUAUCUGCAGAAGUUGCAGGAUUAACAAAAUGUACACGUGAUAAUGAUAGAGACGAUUAUUCAACUUCAAGAAAAGUUGCUUACAAAGAAGCCAAAAGAGCGUUAGAAAUUGUACGUGAUUUUAUUGAAACAACGGAAGGAAUGGAUAAUAUUCAUUUUGAAGCAUUAGGAACCAUAGAAGAUGCCAUGGAUAAAAUAAAACAUACAGAAACACUUUAAGCUAUACUUUAAGUAUUUUAGUAAAAAAAAAAAUGUUUGUCUAAAGUAA